AUGGGUCGAAAAAAGAAGAAGGAGGCAAAACCAUGGUGUUGGUGAGUUGAUUUCCUAAAUUAUUUUAGGAUUUUAAUCGAAUUUUCACAGGUAUUGCAAUCGAGAAUUUGACGAUGAUAAAAUCCUUGUUCAACACCAAAAAGCCAAACAUUUCAAAUGUCAUAUUUGCCACAAAAAAUUGUUCAGCGGACCAGGAUUGUCUAUACAUUGUAUGCAGGUAAUUUAUUGAUUUUUAGCUGAAAAUUUGUGAAAGUUAAAAAAAACUAUUUUCAGAACCAUUUUUGAUGAAAUAAAAAGUUUCAUAUUUUAUUCCGCUGUUGUCAACAUUGACAUAGCUCUACUCUAAAUAUAAGUUAUGAAGUGAAAAUUUUUUUAAACCUCCUAUGACUCAUAUGUUGAGAAAUGAAAUAUUUGACAAAUUCAUUAAAGUUCUCAAAUUUCCAGGUGCACAAAGAAACGAUAGACAAAAUCCCGGCGGCCGUUCCAGGACGCGACAACAUCCACGUGGAGAUCUACGGAAUGCAGGGUAUUCCAGCUGGCGCGUAUCGUAGCGACGAUGAACCGGAUGACAAGCGAGCACGAGUUGAAAUGCAAACAAUGCCCCCAUUUUAUCCACCAAACUAUCAGCAUCCAAUUCCACCGCCACCUCCACAAAAUCGAAUGGCUUAUCCGAUGCCACCAAUGCCCCCAGGUUUUGGUCGAGGUUUUCCACCGAUGCCUCCAGGACCCGGUGCAUAUGGUCGACCACCAAUUCCACAAAUGUAUCCGCCACGACCAAUGCCACCAUCAAUGAUGCCUAUUCCACCAAGAAGUCGUUUCGAUCAACCGCAAGAAUCUUGGCCUCCGAGAGGCGCAAGAACUCCACCAGAUGAAUAUUCAAAUGAACCUAGUAGUUAUCAAAAUUAUCGAGGAUCAGGGGAUUAUGAAGAUCCGCAACAAUAUCAGAACAAUUAUGACGCUGUGAAACAAGAAGAAGAGGUUGAUGUCAAACAAAGUGUAGUUGUUCCAAUUCCGGCGCCAGUUGCUGCUGUCGCUUCAAAACUCGGAUCUCGAACGCGAAUCAUACAUCCAGAUGAUCACGGAAUUUCAUUGGAGGAACGUCGUGUUUUACUAUUAAGUCGGGCCAAUUCAAGCGGCAACAAUUCGUCCGCAUUCCAUCAUUAA